CUGCAGGUGGCAGCCCAUUCUUCUUCUUCUUCUUCCUCUCUCAAUUGAAACUUUUCAAGCUUUGAUUUUCCUUUUACCGUCUGUUGAAACCCAAAUUUUUAUCAAUAAAAUCCAAGCAGAUUGCGAAAGCUCUUUCCAGCAUUCCCAUAUCAAGAAGAACUGAUGCUUUGAUACAGGUUGUUUCAUGAUUUGCAAAAAUGACAUCCAUUGAGGGAAAGAUGGGUCAGCCUCAAAAAACUAGUAAUCGGACUGCUAACACUGCCAAGGUUCAGAGUUCAACUUCAUCCUUUAGAAGGUGGGGUAGGAAGUAUCCGUUUAUCAGAUAUGGGCUUCCAAUGAUUUCGUUAACUGUGUUUGGGGCAGUCGGCCUUGGUCAUCUCUUGCAAGGCAGCAAGGAUAUUGCAAAGGUGAAAGAUGAUCAAGAAUGGGAAAUUAUUGAGACCAGGAAAGCACUAUCAAGAACAGGGCCCAUCGAUGCAUAUAACCCAAAAAAGAUUUCAUUGGAGGAAGAAUUAAAGGCUUUGCAAGUGAAGGUUGAUAUAAACAACUACGACUACAAAAGAAUUCCUAAGCCAAAUGAAGGCAAGUCAGGAUAGGUUUGGGCACUCUAUCCAAAAGCUUAAUUUUGUAGCUGUAAUAAACAUAUUAGUAUUUGGUGGUAAAUCUAAGUGUUUAUGGUUUUACUACAUCUUGAUAAAUACUUUGUGUAAUCUAGUCUGCUUAGAAUCUGCCUACGCAUGCUGCUUUUGGUUGUUGCAAAAUCUGCAUACAGAUUUUGAUAGAUAGGCUGAUAUAUGUAACCAAUGAUACGGUAUUCCCUUUGAGAAUUUAUAAAUUAGCCAAAGCUUGUUGCAUGUCA